AUGAUGAAACACCGUUUUGAAGUGACAUCAGUUGAUGAACUUAAUCGUGAUAAUAAAUCAUUCCAACCAUCGGAAAUAAUUCCAUUAAUUGAUAUUCAAAGUGAAAUUCCAUCAUCAUCAUCAUCAUUUCCAUUAGUUCCGUCGAUUACAACAAUUAAUGAAACAAAAACAACACCAACACGAUCAUAUAAUAGUUCUUUACAACAAUCGAAAAUAAGUUCAUCAGCAAUUGAUCUUCAUCAAGAUGUUGAUUCAUCAUCUUUACCAAUUGUUCAUACAAAUAGUAAUACAAAUACAAAUGUUAAUGGUAAAAUAGAAGAAAUUGAUUCAACUUAUGCUACAACACAUUCUAAUAAUUAUGAUACGAAUUCAUUUAGUUUAACAAAUAAAUUUCUUUAUGAAUUACGUUUAAAACGUCGUGAAUUACGUGAAAAAACAAAAAAUCUUUCAAUUGAACAACGUAUUGCUUUAAAUCGUUAUCAACAUAAUCAAAAUCGUAAACGUGCACAAGAUAUAUUUGAUGUUAGUUUUGAAUCAAGUGAUAAUGAUGAUUUAAAAGAUAAUUUAUUUAAUCAAGAUUUACAAGAAAAAAUACGAAAUAAUAUUUUUAAUGAAUUAGAUCGUCAACAAAUGAAACAAUAUUAUAAACAAAAACGUCAAUUAGUACUUGGUCGAGCUAUGUUUAUGGUUUUUAUAUCAUUAUUAACAUUCAUGAGUUUUACAUUAAUUUAUGUUGUUAUUGAUUUGUAUGAUCGAGCACAAUAUUUAGAUACUAAGUUGCCAGAUAAUAAAUUUAUAUCGAUGAUUUAUGAUAAAAUAUCCAAUGAUUGA